CGACCGUUGGACCUAACCAACACUGAAUCACUCGACCGUUGUACCUAACCAACACUGAAUCACUCGACCGUUGUACCUAACCAACACUGAAUCACUCGACCAUUGGACCUAACUAACACUGUAUCACUCGACCGUAGGACCUAACCAACACUGAAUCACUCGACCGUUGUACCUAACCAACACUGGAUCACUCGACCAUUGUACCUAACCAACACUGAAUCACUCGACCGUUGGACCUAGCCAACACUGGAUCAUUCGACCAUUGGACGUACCUGUCCUACCUGUAACUAACACUGAAUCACUCGACCAUUGGACCUAACUAACACUGAAUCACUCGACCGUUGGACCUAACUAACACUGAAUCACUCGACCGUUGGACGUACCUGUCCUACCUGUUACUAACACUGAAUCACUCGACCAUUGGACCUAACUAACACUGAAUCACUCGACCAUUGGACCUAACCAACACUGGAUCACUCGACCAUUGUACCUAGCCAACACUGGAUCACUCGACCAUUGUACCUAGCCAACCCUGAAUCACUCGACCAUUGGACCUAACUAACACUGAAUCACUCGACCGUUGUACCUAACCAACCCUGGACCACUCGACCGUUGGACCUAACCAGCACUGGAUCACUCGACCGUUGUACCUAACCAACACUGAAUCACUCGACCGUUGUACCUAACCAACACUGGACCACUCGACCGUUGUACCUAGCCAACACUGGAUCACUCGACCGUUGUACCUAACCAACACUGAAUCACUCGACCAUUGGACCUAACCAGCACUGGAUCACUCGACCGUUGUACGAAACCAACACUGGAUCACUCGACCGUUGGAUCUAACUUACACUGGAUCACUCGACCGUUGGACCUAACCAACACUGAAUCACUCGACCGUUGGAACUAACCAACACUGAAUCACUCGACCAUUGGACGUACCUGUCCUACCUGUAACUAACACUGACUCACUCGACCAUUGGACCUAACUUACACUGGAUCACUCGACCAUUGGACCUAACCAGCACUGGAUCACUCGACCAUUGGACGUACCUGUCCUACCUGUAACUAACACUGGAUCACUCGACCGUUGGACGUACCUGUCCUAUCCUAUACUGUAACCAACACUGGAUCACUCGACCAUUGGACGUACCUGUCCUACCUGUAACUAACACUGAAUCACUCGGUCAUUGGACGUCACCAGCACUGGAUCACUCGACCAUUGGACCUAACCAACACUGAAUCACUCGACCAUUGUACCUAACCAACACUGGAUCUCUCGACCGUUGUACCUAACCAACACUGGAUCACUCGACCGUUGGACCUAACUUACACUGGAUCACUCGACCGUUGUACCUAACCAACACUGGAUCACUCGACCAUUGGACGUACCUGUCCUACCUGUAACUAACACUGAUUCACUCGACCAUUGGACCUAAUCAACACUGGCUCACCGGACCGUUGGACGUACCUGUAACCGACAGUUGAUCACUCGACCAUUGGACGUACCUGUCCUACCCUAUACUGUAACCCAGCAUGCACCGCCUCACAGUUUCCAUUGUACUUCUGAUGAGUAUCGGCGUAAGUGCUGUGGAGGAAAGCUGUGAUCGACACUCUGGUAUACAGACAGAAUGUCAGGUGCCGUUCUCAACCUGUGGCUAUACAUUACGGCCUCUGUCAAGCAAGUUUGGCGCAGAGGUAACCGGUGUUGACCUUACCACGGUGAAUCAAAGCUGCGCAGACGCACUGAAACAGGAAGCACUCAUGUACAGGUUCUUGCUGUUUCGUGACCAGGAUUUGACGUGGCAAGAACAGAUCAAGUUUACAAAUCUACUGGGAGCAGUCUUCUCGGAGACAAGUUCGUUGAGACGGCCUUUCCAUCCAAAGACUCCGGAUCCGCGUAUAGCCUACUUGUCCAAUGAUCCCUUGGAAGGUAUUCCAGGGCAGGGUGUGGAAGCGUGGCACGUUGACGGAAAUAGUGUCCCUGCUCCACAUCAAUUCACUCUGAUUUAUUGUGUCAGCGCCACGCGAAAUGGCCCGACCCUUAUCGUGCCUCUCAAAGAAAUCGUGGACAUGUUUACACCGGAAGAGAGAGCCUUCCUCGACAGCAUCCGCUAUGUCAGUGGGAAUAAUGAAAGUAUCACCAUGCCUCUCAUUUACAAACACCCCGUUAGAAAUUAUGACACAAUCGUAGUUGCUCUUGGGUUAUUAUCUGGACAAUACAUCCUUCGGCAGGACGAUCAUGAUACCAUUUUAUCGAAAGAGGAGACACAACGGAUCAAAGACUUGAUAGAAGCGAAAAUCAUUGGCUCGAAUUUGAUAUAUUCCCAUCAGUAUAAAUCUAAGGACUUGUUGUUACUAAACAACCCUUCGGUUGCCCAUAUUGCAGGCCCGGGAUCACAAAAUCCUGUGGAAGUCGCUGGCCUACGACUUAUGCAUCGGUCUACAGUCCGCGGAGACCGUCCGCCUAGCAAGACGUCGAGUAUAAAGUACGCAUGCGCUCAAUUCGAACCAUUUGCCAGCGGGUAUUGUUUAUUUUCACUGAAGGAUUCUGUUUUUUAUCCUCGAUAUGGGUUCUUUGACACAAGGGAUGCUGCUAGGCAGAGGUGCAAGAGUAUUGACGAGGGAGCAGACCUAGCUACCAUACCUAAUAAAAAGUGGAACAAUCUUGCGAAGACCAUCAUAGAGCGUACCGGUGUCCCUCAUUGGUUGAACGGGACGAAUCCACAAGAAGAAGACGUGUUUUGGGGGGAAGUUAAGAGUGAAUUUACUAACUGGCAUAGAGAGCAGCCAAACGACCACGACGGACCGGAAGUGUGUUUGAUCAUGGGGCCUUUCGGAACAUGGCUUGAUCUGGCGUGUGAACCAAAAACCCAGCCAGGAGCUGACCCAGGCCCUGUGAUAACGUGGGAAGACGGAGUAAGGCGGAAGUUCAAUGUGUAUCCGCUAUGUGGCGUCCUUCACAAACAAUCGUAGCCCCGCACACGAUCCGACUUACGAAUUGACAAACGUGCUGUGAAACAAAAAUUAGCUUGGUUGCCGGAGACCCCGAAAAUUGUCCGGAAUAGCGUUAUUUAAUCUAUUAUUGUCGUUAUUUAACUCAAAUUGUAAAUAAUAUCUGGAACGUGACAUUUCUUGCUGGUCUAGUACUGAUAAUGUUUUGUGAUUAAACGAUUUGAGAAUC